CUCAUGGGAGAAGCUAGAAAGCAAAGGGUGAGUAGGAGUAGGAAGAAGAGAAGAGAGGUCGAAGGAGAAUCCUCUCAAAGGGAUGCCCCUGCAUUAGGUGAUUCCGGCGCCCUCACUGACGAGGUCCAUGCUGCUCCUCCUACGCACUCGCAAGCUCAAGUUGAAGCCAUCUUUCACGAGCCGACCCGUUCUGCCUCUACUCUCCGUCGGGCUGUGCACGCCGAGGAUUUUGUGCAGGCCCAAUGUACCCUUCCUGACGCUCUCUCGGCGAAAAUCCGCCAUACUUCGUACCAGCUGGCGACGAUGGCUCUAGCCCAGGAGGAGAAAGUUACGGAGAUGUAUCGCCAGACACUCGAUGUCCGGGAAAAAUAUGUUCUCGCUCAGAACGAACUGCACGAGGCCGAGGUCUGCGAGCGGGCUCUGCAGGCAGAGGUCGAUCGCCUUCGUAGGGAGGAACUUCCUGCUUGAGAAGCUGUUGCUGCUGCUUAUGCUUCCUGAACUGCAGUGAAGAAGUACAAAGACUCCAACCAAUUUGUUAUCGACACCUCUAAAGCUUAUCGAGUUGGAUUCAGGAGGUGCCGUGAUCAAGUAAGGACUAAACAUCCUGAGAUUCCUCUUGAUGGUGUAAGCUCUCAUGGUUAUGGCGACGAGAGCCCCGAGUCUGCGGAGGAUCUAGAAGAGGAUGAAGAAGGGGAGGAGGAGGAAGUUGGAGAGGGGAGCAAAGCAAACUAGUUUGUAG